UAUUAGUUAUACUGUGACUUAUUUUGCAAAUAAACUAUUUCGUGAUAGCAUCGCCAACAAAAACAAAGUGUAAACCGAGGGGAAACAAUUUUUGACGGGGGUAACUACUUUGGCACAUCACCGGAACUAGACCUUCACUGGUACUUCCGGGGAGCUGUUUGAGUGUUACAACAGUCACUGCUAUGACAGGUUCAAAUAGCACGAUUUAAUCAUGGAGGGGACUUCCAAACAUGGUGCUCCAGGUGAGCCAACUGUUGCUGCUCAGGUCCCGUUUCUUCACUUGUGCACCACUUUGGAAAAGAUCCAGAAAUCCAAACUUCGUCCAGAUAAAUCCAAGAUCCUUGGGGAUUUCAUUGAAUCGUGGCGCAAGUUUCAUUCUGCCCUCCACAAAGAAAACCCCCAAACUACAGACUCCUUCUACUCUGCUAUGCGCCUCAUCGUUCCCCCGUUUGAGCGAGAGCGAAUGGCGUAUGGAAUAAAAGAAAGCAUGCUAGCUAAGCUUUAUAUCGAUGUUUUAGGCCUUCCAAAGAAUGGCCCAGAGGCCAAUAAGCUGCUGAACUAUCGCGCUCCAACCACAUCCCAAGGAGAAGCUGGAGACUUUGCCAGCAUGGCAUACUUUGUGUUGAAGAACCGAUGCGCGAGCCAAGGAAAUCUUAGCAUCAAAGAGGUCAACGACUUCCUGGACUCAGUUGCAAUAAACAAUGCCAGCAAGCAAAAGGACCUUGUUAAAAAGAGUCUCCUGCACCUCAUCACCCAAAGCUCUGCUCUUGAGCAAAAGUGGCUCAUUAGAAUGAUUCUGAAAGAUAUGAAGCUUGGAGUCAGUAAGGAAACGGUUCUCCAAGUCUUCCACCCGGAUGCUGCAGAGCUCUACAACGUCAACACGGACUUGAACAAGGUGUGCCAGCAGCUCCACAACCCUUCCGUGUCCUUAAGUGAAGUUUCUAUCGAACUUUUCUCCGCCUUUAAGCCGAUGUUGGCAGCUGUGGCUAAUAUUCGCAACGUUGAGAAGCAAAUGGGCAACAGCCCUUUUUACAUUGAGACAAAGCUGGAUGGGGAACGUAUUCAGCUGCACAAAGACGGAGACGUGUACAAGUACUUCAGCAGAAACGCUUUUGAAUACACGCAGCAGUUUGGUGGCUCGCCCCUAGAAGGAUCGCUGACUCCUCAUAUUCAUAACGCUUUCAAACGCGACAUUGUGAGCUGCAUCCUGGAUGGAGAGAUGAUGGCGUACAACCCAACGGCGGAGACGUUCAUGCAGAAAGGGAGCAAGUUCGACAUCAAGAAGCUGAUGAACGACUCAGAGUUGCAGACAUGCUUCUGCGUGUUUGACGUGUUGUUGGCGAAUAACCGAAAGCUUGGCAAAGAAACGCUAAAACACCGCCAUGAGAUCCUUCAGACCAUUUUCACACCGAUCAAUGGAAGGAUUCAUGUGGUGCCGAAGACUGAAGUCCGAACCAUGCAGCAGGUGGUCGGCGCACUUAAUGAUGCCAUUGACAGCAGAGAAGAGGGAAUCAUGGUAAAGGAUCCUCUGUCCCUCUACAAGCCUGAUAAACGAGGAGAAGGCUGGCUAAAAAUAAAACCAGAGUACGUGGACGGCUUGAUGGACGAGCUGGACCUACUGAUUGUUGGCGGCUACUGGGGAAAAGGAAGACGAGGUGGGAUGAUGUCUCAUUUCUUAUGUGCCAUUGCUGAAGCCCCAAAGCCUGGCGAGAAGCCAUCAGUUUUCCAUUCCUUCUGUCGCGUUGGCUCAGGCUACACCAUGAAAGAGUUGUAUGACCUUGGUUUGAAGCUUGCCAAGCACUGGAAGGUCUACAAGAAAAAGGACCCUCCAGCAUCCAUCCUGUGUGGGACAGAGAAACCAGAGGUUUACAUCGAACCGUGCAACUCGGUCAUCGUCCAGGUUAAGGCAGCUGAGAUUGUUGCAAGUGACGUGUAUAAAACCAACUGCACGCUGCGCUUCCCCAGAAUUGAAAAGAUCCGCGACGAUAAGGAAUGGCAUCAGUGUAUGACCCUGGCAGAGCUAGAUCAGUUCCGUAGCAAGGCGUCUGGGAAACUGGCCUCACGGCACCUUAACAUUGACUAUAAUGAACCACAAAAAAAGAAGAGGAAGCUGCCAGCCAAAACCAAGAAGGUGGUUGGUGUAAUUGACCACUUCAAGCCCCAAGACCUGACCGGGGUUUCCAAGGAGACCGAUAUGUUUGAAGAUGUAGAAUUCUGCAUCCUGAACGGCUCUGAAGAUCAUCCGAAGUCUGAACUGGAAAAAGGCGUAGCCAGGUGUGGCGGUUUCGUGGUUCAAAACCCAGGACGGGACACCUACUGCGUGAUUGCCGGCGUGGAGAACAUGCGCGUGAAGAAUCUGAUUUCAUCCAACCAGCAUGAUGUCGUUUGGGCCUCUUGGCUGGUGGAGUGCCUUGACCAGAAGGAAGUGGUGCCAUGGCAACCUCGCCACAUGAUUCACAUGUCACCCUCAACACGGGAACACUUUGCCAAGGAGUAUGACAUCUAUGGUGACAGCUACUUCGUGGAUACUGAUGAACAACAGCUGCGUGAGGUGUUCGGCCGAAUAAGCAACGUCAAUGCGGCAGGGGUGAACGCAGCUCAGGUAGAGGAGCGUUAUGGUUGGGAUGACCUUCCCACGAGCAUGUUCAGACCAUUCACAGUCUACCUGGAUGUUCUCGCCAACAUCGGCGAUCCAAAAAGCACCGUACCCGUCACCAGUCUAGACAUCAGAGCACUGGAGGUUCGCUACCAUGGAGGUACGGUGGUACAGAAGUUAGAAGAAGGAGUUUCACAUGUGAUUGUGGAAGGAGAGGAGAGACUUAUGGAUCUGAGGACCCUGCGGCGCUCUUUUAAGAAGAAGUUUAAAAUCGUGAGAGACAAGUGGGUGACUGAUUCAGUCACAGCAGGGCAUCUGGUAGACGAUACUGACUACUUGGUUUGAAACUUCCUGGAAAGCACACAGUUUUAGAUGACACUGUAGAAAGUAGUUUCAGUGUUUUAAUUCAUAGUUAUUGGAUUUUUAAAUAGAAAAUUAUUUUAAAUGCUCGAGGUUUCUCUUUGGGCUUUCUCUUUUCCACUCUCAAAGAAAUCAGGUUUAAAAGUUUGAAUAAUCAAUAAAAAUGAUUUGACCGUAGUUGCUUUUUUGCCUUUUAUUUGAUCUGUCGUGUGACAUGUUUAGACCAUCUCGCCUUCUGACUUUAAACAAGGAAUUAUAAUUGAACACAAUUAGCCUCUCCAUCAGAAACACAAUAUUUUUAAUCUGUGUUAAUAAUUAAAGUUGCUUUCUGGAGUUUUCCCCUUUCAGAAACGAUGUAUGAUUUUUCAGAAAUCCGUGAACGUGAUUGUAUCAUCAUGUACUGUGAUAAAAUGUAAGCGAUAUGUCUUUUAUUAGUUUUUACUAAGCACGCCGCCUGCCCAUGACAUGAGAAUAAUACUCAUAAAACAACGUGUUUUAGCUCUGUUUGUCGGCUACAAAAGCACAUUUAUAAACAGAAACGUGAAGUCGUUAUCUUAAACGAACAGAGCAACAGAGUUUUUGUGUGAUACGCUUGUCGGCCACUAGAUGGUGCCAUCGGAUAAGAGAAAUGCUCUGGAAAGAAGCUUUAAGCAGUGACGAAAUUGUCCACUGUAAUAUUGUGUCCUUUGUAAAAGGUUGUAUGUGCGAGUAUUGUAAUUCAGGAAGGUCAGGUAAUUCGUAAACGGCAGAUUUAGUUAAUAAAGGUUUUUGAAUUUGA